AUGAUGAAAAUCAUUAGCCACACCAUUUCCUUGGCGCCCAGGUGCGCCAGGACACCUGUACACCGACACGAUCUUGGCUGGUGUUUCGUCCUCUCGCUCCGAGCUGCUGCAUCAGGGGGCCAGGGAAGGCAACCUGAGCUGCCCCGGGGAAGAACACCUGAGUCUCGCCAAGGAUUGUCCGCUUCUCCUGCAGCCUUUGAGUCGUUUCGACGGCACCGUCCGACCAGACGGCUUGGCAACCUGCCUCUUGGGUCUAAAUACCAGUCGCCGCCGGCCUCAGUGGCUGAGAACACCCUGCUUUCCUCUGGAAGGCGGAGCCCGCUGGCUGCAGCGAAGCUCGCUGCAGAAGGAGGAGGGCGCGAUGGUCCAAAGGCCCGGCGUCCAAAGGGCUACCUCCCAAGUGCCACCGAGAGGUUAACGAUUGGCGGGAUCGUGGCUGCUGCUAUUGACCCAACACUUUCCAUUGAGAGAGAAAACGAGCGAGAGAGGCGAGGAGGAGAAGGAGGAGGAGAAAAGGGCGAUCGUCCCCCGCCAAAGGCACGCAGAGGCGGCGAUGGGCCGCCACGAGUCCAUCGCGGUGGGCAGGCUGGUGCCGCUGUCGGCCGACGAGAUGGAGAUGCAGCUCUUGGUGGCGGGCCAGGCGGCGAUCGAGACGUCGAGGGCGGCGGCGGCGGCGGGGUCGGCCUCCAAGGGCUUGGUGUCGGCUUGGGAGGACGAGGCAGCGGGGGUGGCAGCCGUGCUGGGUCCCCUCACCGCCGCUCAGUGACCGGGCGCGGGAGGAGUAAAGCCAGCUGGAGAGGCGCCCAUUGGAGCGAGCGGCCAGCCAUGGACAAUAGCGGCCAGCAGCAGCAGCCCCCGACGGUUGCCAAGAGCCUGGCCGCUCCUCGGGGCAACAUGUUGGGCGCCACCAAGCCUCUGGCGUUCUCCAUCGAGCGGAUCAUGGCCAGGACGGCCCCGGAGCCCAAAGCCCUGCCGCUGCUGCCCCACUUCUUGCAAGGAGGAGCCCCCAAAGCCGGGGACCACGUCAAGCAGCAGCAGCAACAGGCGGCGGCGCUCAGCCUGGGGUCUUCCAUCCCGUGUAUGAUCCCGUUCGUGCCGCUGGCUUACGAGCCCUUACCCAAGGCGGGAUCGGAGCCCAGGAAGCCCCCUCUGGACGCGCCGCCCUCCUCCUCCUCCACCUCUUUGAGCUGCGCGCUGAACCUCAAGCCCCAGGCCGCCGACCUGCAGCCCCUGCAGCAGCACUACAAGCUGGUCCGGCCCCGCGUGGUCAACCACUCCUCUUUCCACGCCCUGGGCGCCCUGGGCUAUUUCAGCCGGGCGGCGGAUCCGUCGCCGCCACCGCCGUCGGGCCUGAGCCUCCACCCUUUGGCCUCGUACUUCCUCGGAUCGCCGCUGCCGGCGCCCUCGCCCGCCUUGCAAGCCCCGACGGCGCCCAAGGCCUACCUGGCCGAGAGGAACAAGCUGCAGGCCCUGCCGCCCGGUCCGGACAAGUACCCGCCGGCGGCCUUCAAGGAUUUGGCUCACGCCCAGCUGCACAGCGCCGCCGCCGCCGCCGCUGCAGCCGCCGCCGCCGCCGCCGCCCACCUCCUGGACGCCGACAAGUUGCCCUUCAAGGGCGUCGCGGCGGACUUCAGUCGCGGAUCGCCCAGCGCCAAGCCCAAAGUCUUCACCUGCGAAGUCUGCGGCAAGGUCUUCAACGCGCACUACAACUUAACGCGCCACAUGCCGGUGCACACGGGAGCCAGGCCCUUUGUCUGCAAAGUCUGCGGCAAGGGCUUCCGCCAAGCCAGCACCCUCUGCCGACACAAGAUCAUCCACACCCAGGAAAAGCCCCACAAGUGCAACCAGUGCGGGAAAGCGUUUAACCGGAGCUCCACUCUGAACACGCACACGCGGAUCCACGCCGGCUACAAGCCCUUUGUAUGCGAAUUUUGCGGGAAGGGCUUUCACCAAAAAGGAAACUACAAGAACCACAAACUGACGCACAGCGGCGAGAAGCAGUUUAAGUGCAAUAUUUGCAACAAAGCCUUUCACCAGGUGUACAACUUGACUUUCCACAUGCACACCCACAACGACAAGAAGCCCUUCACCUGCCCCACCUGCGGCAAAGGCUUUUGCAGGAACUUUGACCUCAAGAAACACGUCCGCAAACUGCACGACGGCAUCAACGGCGGCGGCGGCGGCUCAUCCUUAGGCUUGCCCCGAACCCCCGGCGAGCCGGAGCUGCCACCUCCCCCGCUCCUCCAUCACCCGUGA